AUGGCUCCAGGCAUGGUGAAAGUUUGCAGUGUUUCAUGUGUUGUUGCAAGGAAUCCAGGCCCUAACCGCAUAAUGUAUCUGUGUGAUGCGGAUCAAAAGCUGGGAUUCUAUGUGAGAAGUAUCUUCUUCUAUGGGCCAGAAACUAAGACUUUGGAUGUGGAUCGUCUCAAAUCAUCUGUGGCUGAGGUAUUGGGUUCAUAUGAUUUCUGGGCUGGAAGGCUGCACUUCAAUGAAAAUGGGCGUAUGGAGAUCAGCUGUAGAAACCAGGGAGCUUUUUUCACGCUUGCAACGUGUGAUCUUAGCUUGGACCAAGUGACGGCUGAUGACUUUGAUGACUUCUUCUUUAUUGAAGAUUGCAAGAUUAAAACCUUGGAAGAUCUUCCACUAUUGAGUAUCCAGGUAACUCGUUUGCUUGACGGUGGCUGCGCAAUGUCAAUAUUGUUCCACCACGCUUUGGUUGAUGCAACCUCUGGUAUCAAUUUCCUGCUCAACUUUGCAUCCAUCAACCGGGGAGACGGUCUCUAUAUGAUACCAAAUGGCGACCGGACUCAACUUAAAUACCGGGAUCCACCGCGUGUGAGCUUCGAGCACAAAGAGCUUGCUAAACAGAUACCUCUCAAUGGUGGCCACAGUAUCUACACUCUCACCGAGGAGUCUGUGAUUAGCUCCGAAUCGAAGAGGAAAACGGCUCCAAAAAUUGAGAGGAAGACCUUUCUCUUCACGUUUGACAAGCUCCGCAAGCUCAAGCAAGCUGUUCUGGACGAAGGAAUCUUGAGCGAGUGCUCCACUUUCGAGGCUCUGGCAGCUCUGAUUUGGCGAUCCCAUGCUCGAUCGAUCCCAGGGAAAUCCAGCAGCGAUGUUCUUCACGUUGGAUUCGCAGUUGACACGAGGAACAUUCUGGAUCCUCCAUUGGGUGAGAACUUCUGCGGGAAUUCGAUAUAUCUAGCGCAUGCCGAGCUCUCACUCGCGGAUCUAAGUGAGCUCCCACUCUCCUCCAUCGUUGCUCAAAUCCAGGAGGCGAAAAAGCGAUUGACAAAUGAGUACGUUCGUUCUGCACGAGAUUUUCUCCAUCUCAAUCCCAACUUCUGGUACCAGCCAUGUGAGACGACGAUCAACGCUUGGCCGAGGCUGAUGCGAAAGUCCCUGGAGCUUGACUUUGGUGGGGGAAAGCCGUUACGAGUGGAGUUCCCAAUGGAUCCACGAAACUUUCAUAUCACGUUCCUCCCGCUUAGUUCCGAUGGGAUUUUUGUCUCAGUUCCUGUGAAUCCCAUUGCAAUUGCCACCUUUGAAGAGCUUAUAACACAAUUCUAA